GCAAUCUGAAGCUCUAGUGAGAAACUCUGCACUGGAUCUCACACCAUUCCAAAGAAUCCAAUAACCUGCUUCACACACAUGAAAGGUAAAGUGGCUGACUUAAAUUCAGAGGACAGCUCUUCUUUCUUGGUUUUUGCUUAGAUUUUGUUCACCUGAAUAAUCAGCCCAUUCAGAAGGGGAUCUGUUUUCCCUCCGAGGACACCAAGAGCACCAGAACUGUGGAGUCCCUCAGUGCAUGGAAUGACUCAGAAGCCAAUGCCUACACACGGAUGGAUCUGCUUCCUAGAGCCCCAACAAAGAUGACAGUGCAAGAUGUUCCUCGUGCCUUUCCCACAGUGGAUGUCCCAGAUCAUGCCCAUUAUACAAUUGGAGUUGUCAUCCUUAUAGUGGGGAUUACAGGAACUCUGGGUAAUUUCCUGGUCUUCUAUGCUUUCUGCAGGAGUAGGAGCCUUCAGACUCCAGCCAACAUACUCAUCAUCAAUCUAGCUAUUAGUGACUUCCUGAUGUCCAUUACACAGUCUCCAGUUUUUUUCACCAGCAGCCUCUACAAACACUGGAUUUUUGGUGAGAAAGGCUGUGAGCUGUAUGCCUUCUGCGGAGCUCUUUUUGGCAUUACAUCUAUGAUCACUUUGAUGGUGAUUGCCUUGGACAGAUAUUUUGUCAUCACUAAACCUCUGGCUUCUGUUGGAGUGACGUCAAAGAAGAAGGCCCUAAUAAUCCUGGUAGGAGUCUGGCUGUACUCUUUGGCUUGGAGUCUCCCACCCUUCUUUGGAUGGAGUGCAUAUGUUCCUGAGGGUUUGCUGACUUCCUGCUCCUGGGACUACAUGACUUUCACACCAUCAGUCCGUGCCUACACGAUGCUGCUUUUCUGCUUUGUCUUUUUCAUUCCUUUGAUUGCUAUCAUAUACAGCUAUGUCUCUAUCUUUGAGGCUAUCAAGAAGGCCAACAAGUCUAUUCAGACAUUUGGAUGCAAACGUGGAAAUAGAGAGUUCCAGAAACAGUAUCAGAGGAUGAAAAAUGAGUGGAAGAUGGCCAAAAUUGCACUGAUCGUCAUCUUGUUUUUUGUCAUUUCCUGGUCACCAUACUCUGUUGUUGCUCUGGUAGCUUUUGCUGGGUAUUCCCACGUCCUAACACCCUUCAUGAACUCCAUACCAGCUGUGAUUGCCAAAGCUUCUGUCAUCCAUAACCCCAUCAUUUAUGCCAUCACUCACCCCAAAUACAGAAGAGCCAUUGCAACAUAUGUUCCUUGCCUUGGACCCUUACUGAGAGCUUCUCCUAAAGACUCACGGUCCUCCAGCAGUUACCACUCCUCCAGACGAGCAACCGUAACCAGCCAGUCUUCUGAGACAAGUGGGCUGCAGAAAGGAAAAAGGAGGCUGUCUUCUCUCUCUGACAGUGAAUCAGGCUGUACUGAAACAGAAACUGAUACUCCCAGUAUGUUCUCCAGACUUGCCAGAAGACAAAUUUCCUACGAAACAGAUAAGGACACAACUCAGAAUAGUGACAUAAGAGCCAAACUGACAAGCCAGGAUUCUGGGAAUUGUGGGAAGACAGCUGUAGAUGCUGAUGACAUAUUGAUGGUGGAACUGAAUGCCACAGAGUACAUGGCUACACCUACUCAAACAUCUAAAACAUGCAGCUUGGAGGAAAUCAAGAAAAGAGAGAGCCUGAACAGUAUUGGACAAAGAAAAGGAGAGUCUCACCAGGGACCGUCUUCAGCCAAGAUACCCAGUAUUACAAUAACAUGCAGCAGUGUCCAAGGAGCAGAGCUGCCUUCUAGAUACAACUCUGGUUUCCUGUACCCUAAAUCCAGCAGUCACAAGCAGAACAAGAAGUCCAGCAGUUAAGUGAGUGGUGCAAGAAUAUCACCUUAGCCAACAGCUCUGGAACAGCUGUGGACUGGCUGAAUCCAGAAUACCUUUCUAGAUUGGUCUGAAAUGCUCCUACAAAGACACAGCACAAGACAAGCAAGGAUAAAAAUAUGAGGAGUGAUCUUUUCAGCAUCAGAACUCUCUCCAGUGGAUCAGAUCUUGAUCUGAGACACAAUGUAAUUUUAAUAUUUCUUCUUUAUGCAGCUCAGAAAAAAAAAUUUCAUUUGGAUUGUACUCUGCUCACAUAUGUUCCCACCACUGCACAGACCUUACCUAGAAACCUCCUAGGAUUAACCUGAGAGGGAAGUAUAAUAUUCAAAACUGGCUUUGUUCACUUGGUUAUUAACUUCAAAGUUAUUACGGAACUAAAGCUGAGAAAUUUGGGGGGAAAUGUUUAUUACUUCCUGAUGAUGGUUUCUUCAUUAUUGUGAAGUUUCUCAACCAAAUGUAAACUUAAUUACACAGUCAGUGCCCCUUCUCUCAUUAAUGACACAUUUUCCCCCAUUUUCUUCUACAAUCCAAUGAAAGGCAAUGCACUUUAGCAGUAAUUUACAGUCUCAUGUCUUUAUUUUAAUUUCUGAGACAGGGAAAGAGAAAGGAGUAACACUUGAGGAAAAGACUAUGGUCCUUUCCAUAAUUAGCUUCUUUUCCAACAGUGGCUUAAGAGAUGAAUUUAACCCAUUCUCAGCUAACUUCCACAAAGCUAUAAGAGAUUAUUAUGAAAUUCCUUCUGACUUUCCUUUAGCAGGUUUCAUGAAAAGAAUCCAGAAUACAAAGCAAUGUUUGUACUGAAAUAUCUUAUGGGUAAGUCAAUACAUCUGCUUUUUGAUACUUCAAAGUAGUUUACUCUUUGAUGUGCUUUUCUAAAGUAAAUAUAGGGAGGAGAAGGUUUAGUUCCCCAAAAAUAGUUGUUCUAGAGAUGUAUGCAAUCCACAUCAUUCCCACUUUGGCAUUUUGAUUUCUCCUUCUCUAAACAGCAGCAUUUGUAUAGCUGAGGGUUUUCUUCCGCAGUGACUAAAUCCACGAGAUUGUACUUCUUUCU